AUGUGGCCUUCAUCAUACCAAAAGAUAUCAAACGACGGGAAAAGCGAGGAAGAACAUUAUGUACUUUGUGGAGAGGUUGAGGAACACACUCACGUUUCAUUCGGGAAUUUAACAAAUGGAAUUUGUUUAAAUGAGCCAAAGCAAAGCAGCGGUGAGGUUGGGCCUUCAAUGGAGGCUACGCCUCAGUGCGGUACUAACAGCACUUCCUUGUACAGAAAUCCUCUUUUUGGUGUUACAGGUGUCACAGGUGUUAUAGGCGCCUUGGGUGCGAGGAAAACGCAUCAACAUCUUCGUCCUUCUGGAUCAUCUCAGAACCGGGCAGCAACAAAGCAUCGUUUGAUGUCCAUCAUCGUAAUUCUUUCGGAUGACUACCUCUCUCUCUUCCUGACUUUUCCGCCUCUCUUCCACCAUUCACGUAUGGGAGGCAAGUUGGACAGGCAGCUGUUCAAGUCUGCCAAGUCCAGGAUAGUUUUCUCCUCUCUGAACACCGUGCUGCAAGUCGCGUUGCAAGCGUCUCUUACAACCAGAAAAGUUUACGAAGACCUUGCAGUUGCAAGUUGUCUCCAACUGGAUGCCCUUGGUUGGUUCGACUUCGUGGUGGACAAUAUUCUCCUCAUAUCAUUGCACCUCCUUGCUCUCGCCUUGCAUAUUAUUUCAGUGAAAAACAACACUCCUUCUUUCGCUCCUUUUCUGUUGAUAUUAUUCGGCCUCUCGUUUGGGUCUAGCAUUUCCCAGCUGGUCCAGCUCGCCCAAAUCGCCUCACAAUGCAAGGCAUGCGAUGCAAUUUGUUCCACUCAAAAAGUAGUAACGAUUGCAACUUUUCGGCUCUGUUUUUCCUUGACUUUUGUUACCGUUCUUAUGAUUUGGAUGACCCCAUGGCGGUCAUCAUUUAUCAAGGAUCUUGCGUGGAAAACAUACAUAUCCGUUCUGGCAUACCUUGUGUGUGGAACCGUGUUGCUUGCUUAUAAGCAAUUCCAUAAUAGUGCAGUCUUUUGGGCCUGGGUUGCUUUCACUGCAGCCCAUCUCCUCGUCACUAGCAUUGUUGGAAUGUUAGUUUCACGACGUGCUCUGCGUAAAAAUACUCCACCAAUGACCAGUGCGGCGGAAAGCCCUAAGGAAGAUCCGGAUGCUGACAUCCGCAUGGGCGCGUUAUCAGAGAUGUUGCCAUACACCACCUAUGCAUCGGUGGGUCAGAGCAGCUUGACGAGCGGGCCCUUCGAAAACCCCUUCGAAGACCCCAUCGCUCACUUACAGAUAGGAGCCGCCAUAUCAAGCGUAUCAAAACUUGAAAUUCGCUCUUCUGUCGUGACCGCCUACACGAAUUCAAGAUUGUCGACCGACGCGUUCUCUGCGCGGUCUUCGAUUGACGCGGAGACAGUCCACACCGCCGUUCAUUCUCGCUCUUCCAUGUCUUCGAGUUCUGUGUCGGUCGCUGGGCGUUCGCAGUCACCAGAUAGAGAGCAAACUUCAUCCAUUAGAGUACACGAUUCUCGGUGUACAAUAUUGUACCCGAACAGUUCAUCUAGUGCUUCAGCAGCGGAGGAAGAAGCGCAGUCAUCUCGCUCAUCAGAUAGCGAACUUCGCCGUAAAGGCACACAUGUAACGCCAUCGCACCGUUUCUCAUAUUCGUCGAGUUCAGCUGUUAAUGCCUAUCCACUGGCCACACGGGAUGGAGAGGAUCUUCAAUCCCAGUCAUCCGGUGAACCCGAACCAGCGGAAACGGAGGGUAUGACGCCUUUUCCUAAUUCAUCGUCUCCCACACCUCCCACGCCUUCCGUAUCAUCCAGUACACCUACAAUUCCACCAUACACCGAAGGGCCAUAUGCUUACGGGCAGCGACGUGAUACGCUAGCGAGUUACGGAACAUACGAGACACUUCCAAGUUACCACUCUAGAAGCAGUAGCCAAAUGCUCACGGAGGUGUUGAAUGGACCCCCUACACCUCGACAUGUCAGGUCGUUGCCUCCGUUGCCCCCUUCGCUUCCUUUCGCACACCUAUCAGCGUCGAUUUUGUCGACACCUAAUUCAUCGAGUGCUGACAUCUCAACUGCGAGAUGAUGAUCUUGCUCAAACUGUGGAUGGCAGUAGAUAACACAAAAGGAUGUAAGGUCUCCCAGUUCCCCCUUCCUAGCCAUAGUUCGACCAUCCGAGUGUGGCCUUCAUCAUACCAAAGGAUAUCACACGAUGAAAAAGCGAAGAAGACCAUCAUGUACUUUGUGGAGAGGACGCUUCAUUCGGGAAUCUAAGAAGAGGAAUUUGUAUAAGCGAGUCAAAGCGAAGCGGUUUGCCGAAGGAAAGAGCUUUGUAGUCACCUACUACCUACACCUGUUGUACAUCCGCAUCAAUGAUUCAACUGUAUUAGGCUC